AUGCCCAACUCUGUUGUUGAUCCAUCCGUAAAUCCAACUCAGGUCAUAGCCACUUUUGAAGGCACACUUCGCUCUGCAAUGGGUAACGCAGUCCUUGAUGGCACACUUCAUCCACCAGCGUACUCGCCAGAAUUCGAGGAUUUGUACCCAUGGCGAAAGGAGCAGAACGGCUUGGAUGAGGAUAACAACAGUACGGAAAAGGAGGUGCACGAGACAAGCACAUCAACGUCAGAGACACAAGAUACAGAUGCAAGGCAGACGACGUUGAAAAUGUUGACAACUGAAGCUCCGCCCGAACAAACAACUUUUGACCUCUCCACUACCGAAACGAAUGACUUCCCCUGGACAAUACCUAUGAUUCCUGACCUCAACGAUCAUCCACUAGAGAUUUUUGUGAAAAGCACCAGCGCAGCGCCUAUCAUUCGACCAGCAUCUGAACGGUCUGGCAGACGUCUAGCUGAUCAGAUUAUUGAUGUGAUGACGGAAGAGCUAACGCUGCGACCAGUGGAUGAGUUGUCUACAACUGAAGAUCAACUCAGCGGUACUGCUGUUGGUCGCCGCGCAGCCAUUAUCUGCGAUAUUAUUCAACUUGGAUUUCGAACUGCCCCCUCCGAUCGUCCACCAGCUGCCACCAGAACCACCUGGGUGCUGCAGUCCAAUCCAAUAUACAUUGACCCGGCACCAGCUCCACUACCAGCACCCCAGCAACCAUAUAUACCGCAGCCUCAACCAGCGUUAGUUCCACAAGCUCCGCAAAUACCACAGUACACUGGUAAAGGAUAA